AUGAGGACUACGGUAUUUGCACCACAUGUAGCUCAUUCUACUUGGGCUGCUGGCUCAAGCCCAGCUUACCCGUCAGACAUAGUUGAUCUUAUGGCAGAGAGGAAUAUACUUCAAGAGGGAUUUGAUGAUAUCGAAUACACGCUUCCACACAAUAUGGCUAAUAACACGGCACGAGUGGAUCCGAGGUACGAAUCAUUGCCGGAUGAUUUCUGCUGGGACCCAAACACGAAAUCAUUUGGAGAUCCCGUUAAUCGGCCUGAAAUUAGAUAUCCGACAGUCGAAUUCAUUGCUCCGAAUGAAUACAUGUUACGACCACCACAACCUGCUGUCUACGUUUUCGUUUUGGAUGUCAGUGCUGCUGCAGUUGAAGCAGGAUAUCUGUUUGCGUUCUCUGAGCAGCUUCUUAUCAAUUUGGAUCAGCUUCCUGGAGAUGACAGGACUCAGGUUGCAUUUGUCGCUGUUGAUUCAAUGGUGCACUUCUUCCAGUUCAGCUCAGGAUCUCGACGUCUACCAAAAGAGCUAAUUGUUGACGAAGUUGAUGGUUUGUGUUUCUUAUUUACUUUUGGAAUUACAUAUAUAUCCGAAGUUUAGAG